AUGGAAGAGAAAGAGAUCUACAGAACCCCAGCUCACACUGCAGAGAUGGAAGAGAAAGAGAUCUACAGAACCCCAGCUCACACUGCAGAGAUGGAAGAGAAAGAGAUCUACAGAACCCCAGCUCACACUGCAGAGAUGGAAGAGAGAGAGAUCUACAGAACCCCAGCUCACACUGCAGAGAUGGAAGAGAGAGAGAUCUACAGAACCCCAGCUCACACUGCAGAGAUGGAAGAGAAAGAGAUCUACAGAACCCCAGCUCACACUGCAGAGAUGGAAGAGAGAGAGAUCUACAGAACCCCAGCUCACACUGCAGAGAUGGAAGAGAAAGAGAUCUACAGAACCCCAGCUCACACUGCAGAGAUGGAAGAGAAAGAGAUCUACAGAACCCCAGCUCACACUGCAGAGAUGGAAGAGAAAGAGAUCUACAGAACCCCAGCUCACACUGCAGAGAUGGAAGAGAAAGAGAUCUACAGAACCCCAGCUCACACUGCAGAGAUGGAAGAGAAAGAGAUCUACAGAACCCCAGCUCACACUGCAGAGAUGGAAGAGAAAGAGAUCUACAGAACCCCAGCUCACACUGCAGAGAUGGAAGAGAGAGACAGAGGAAAGCAGAUCUUUGGGUUAAAUGAGUCCAUAUGGUAUAGUCUCUGA